AUGCCCAAUCCACCACACCAGGCGAACAACCCCGAGGUUGUCGAGUUGGACGCCUCAGCGCCGAUUGAGGAAAUUGUUAAGGUUAUUCAGCGGGAUGGUGGCAUCAUCAUCAAGAAUUUUCUGAGCCCCGAGGUGAUCGACCAGAUUCAUGCCGAGGCCAAGCCCUACUGGAGCAAACUGGGUACUUACGUGGGCAAGCUGUUUGAUGCUGCUGACCCCCCGCUCAGUGGUUUCGCGGGCAAGUCACGUACCUUUGCUCAUAAAGCAAUCAACCACCCUACGUUUCGGGAGACGGCCAAAGCGCUUCUGAGAGAGGAAUCUAAUGUCUAUCGGGAUGGAAAGAGGUACACUUGCGUGUCAAACCCCGUUCUAGCCGUGUCAGAAGCCUUCAACCGCGGGUCUCCCUCAACAGCCCAACAGCUCCACCGUGAUGACAUGGCACAACAUUUUGAUCAUCUCGAGGGUAGUGGAGAAAGCUCUCUACUGGGUCUUCUCGUUGCCGGCGUAGACACCAACUUUGAAAACGGAGCAACCCAGGUCAUUGUCGGUUCCCACAAGUGGCCAGAGGCGGCUAUUCGGGGACCUGCCGACCGUUCCCUCUGCUCCACUUGUGAGAUGAACAAGGGUGAUGCUGUUUUCAUCAUCGGGAGUAUCUGGCACGGCGCUGGCGAGAAUAAGACCAACCCUCCAGAGCGGAGAAUAAUUUAUUCCUGCCACAUGACUCGGGGCUCCCUUCGCUCUGAUGAGAACCAGAUGCUAGCAGUUGACCUGGAUGUUGUCAGAACAUACGACCCUGAAGUGCAGUCUUUGCUGGGGUAUUCGGUCAGCCACCCAAACUGUGGUCAUGUUGACAUGAAAGACCCCAUCACCCUGCUCGGCAGCACCGAGGAUCCGUUUGGAUAUGGCAGCUUCAAGGGCCAGGUUCCUCCGUCGCCACAGAUCGGCGUGCCCUAG